AUGAUGGGUUCAAGUUGGGCACGCAUUAACGACGGCUGGGACGCGGCAGAGCUGCUCUUUGCGAAGCACCACGUCUUUCUCGAAAUCUUCUGGAUUUCGAGCACGUACCUGCGUUUUCUAGUCCCAAGUUGGAGGAAGGUUUCGACGCCGACUCAUGCAAAGUAUACGGCGCUGCCAUGGAUUCCUCUCAUGGUCCAUGUCAUUCUCGGGACCAUCGAGCUGGCCCGGUACUACUACCCUCUCGUCAUCACCGGUGAACCUCCCGUGCCAAACUUGAUCGACCUCGUUCUAGGAUUGGCUUUCUCGGCCGGAAGCUUCCAUCUGGCUGGAUAUGUCCGCGAGGGGAAUAUUCCCUUCAUUAGAGCCACAUUCCAGGCAACGUCUUUGCAGCGAGCGCUCGCCUCCACGUUGGGGUACGUGCAUGGUGACGCGCAGUGGCACCGAGCGUCCAUCAAGCUGCUGAACAACUUCACUUGGGUCCGAUGGCUCUCCACGUUCGGGAAGCAUCUCCAGGGAUUCAGAACGUACGGGGAAACCUUCACGGCCACCGUGGUCAUGGCUCACCCGCUUUCUUUGUGGGAGGGAGACUACCCCGCGGGGAUUCCUCUCUAUGCCUCCAUCGUGCUCGCGUUGCUGGCCGUCGACAAGUGGGCAUCACGAAAACUAGACGGAAAACCAGGGUUCGUCCCCCGCGUUCUCGCGCAUUGCGGACUUGUCACCGUGAAGAAAGCGUAUUUCGAAACGUCGACGUCUGGGGAAAAGCUGGAGUAACUUGGUUGCGCGAACAGGAGUGUCGGAGGUUGGAAGAAGGAAGCUUUCUGGGCACGUCACGGAUUCCGCGAGAAGUUUUGCUUUCGGCUGCGCACAUUAC